AAGAGAGACAAGUUCAAUCUGUUUGUAAAGGGGAAGGAAGCGAGGGAGGGAGGGAGAGAGAGAGAGAGGGGAGGAAGAGAAAGAGAAAUCGCAAUUCCGAAAAAUUGUAUCUCUUUCUCUUCUUCGCGUGAUCUUCAAUUGUAGGAUUCGUUUCGUUUCGUUUCGCGUCACAAGCAUUCCGCAUCCGAAUUGGAUCGCUUAGUUCUUCAGCCACCGUUUGGAGCUCAACGACUUCAGAUUCGUUAAGGUUGGUGCAAUCCCCUGUUCUACGCAACCGUGGCUGGCAUUCUCCCAGCACGCCUGUACGGAUAGAUGGUUUUUGCAUUUUCCAAUAUCUAUACGUGCGAAAUUCGGAGCUUUUCAGGUUUUUGAAAUGGACCUAUGAAUUUCUAGGAUUCUGUGAAUUGUACCGAGAACUUGUGUGAGCUUGACAUCGGUUGGUUGGCUUAAGUCUGAGCGUGUGAUGUCUUUAGGGGUGCGUUUAUGGGAUUCUUUUGAGUUGCAGGGAUUUUAUUGAUGGAGUUGAUAAGCUGGCAGUGGUUUUGAUGGGAAUAUAUAUGGGAUGGGUUGAUGAAAGGAUUGGCUAUUCGAGUUUACCAGUUGGCGUGGAUUGAUUUUUUUAUGGGGCAGAGUUGUGUAUUGAAUUGCUCUAAUGGGUUUUGGGUCUACUCCUGGGGUUUCCCUGAUAUUGCAACUUGAAUGGCUGAUUCUCAGAGGGCUGGUCUCGUCGAAAGAGACAUUGAACAGGCCAUUAAAGCGCUUAAGAAGGGGGCAUAUUUGCUUAAGUAUGGGCGCCGAGGGAAGCCAAAGUUCAGUCUAUUUAGACUUUCUACUGAUGAGACUGCAUUGAUAUGGUACCGUGGCAAAGAAGAAAGACGGGUUGAACUAUGUCAAGUUUCAAGGAUAAUUCCUGGCCAGCGUACUGCAACAUUUCAGAGGUAUCCCCGUCCAGAGAAGGAAUAUCAGUCAUUCUCUCUCAUAUGCAAUGACCGAUCCUUGGAUUUGAUAUGUAAGGAUAAGGAUGAACUUGAGGUUUGGUUUGUUGGUCUAAAGGCAUUGAUUGCACAUGGUAGUUAUCGCAACUUGGGAAGUGAAGCAAGGAAUGGGAGUACAUCUGCAGAUAGUCCACAUGCUCAGAAAACCUGUCCUACUGCCUUCCCUUUUGAUCAAGGAGAUACUCCAUACAUUGUGAGUCUUCCCCAUACUGGGUUGGGAAAGGCGUUCUCUGACAUAAUUUCAUUAACUGCAGCAAGUGAAAUCCAGGCUCAACCUGAACCAGUAACCGAUUCUUUUAGUCCAUUGUCAUGUGAAGGUCUAGAAAAUAAUUCAAAUGGUCUUAGUUCAGUUGCUGAAACAUUUCGAGUUAGUUUAUCUAGUGGUCAAAGUUUAUCAAGCCAUGGUUCCACCCAUGAAGAUUUUGAUGCCUCGGGUGAUGUUUUGAUAUGGGGAGAACAAAUCGGUGAUGGACUCCUGGGCGGUGGCAUGAAUGGGGCUGGUAGUUCAUCUGGCACCAAGACAGAUGCAUUUUUUCCUAAACUGUUGGAGUCGACAGCUGUACUUGAUGUUCACAGAAUUGCUUGUGGUGGUAGGCAUGCUGUCUUAGUCACAAAACAAGGAGAGAUAUUUAGUUGGGGGGAGGAAUCUGGGGGCAGGCUUGGGCAUGGAGUAGAAGCCGAUGUUUCACACCCAAAGUUCAUUGAUGCUCUUGGUGGUGUGAACAUUGAACUAGUAUCUUGUGGUGAAUAUCACACGUGUGCUGUUUCAUUUUCUGGGGAUCUUUAUACAUGGGGUGAUGGUAGUCACAACUCUGGUUUGCUUGGGCAUGGAAGUGAAGCCAGUCACUGGAUUCCUAAGAAAGUAAGUGGUAUCUUGGAGGGAAUACAUGUAUCAUAUAUUUCAUGUGGACCUUGGCAUACAGCUCUUGUAACAUCUGCAGGCCAGUUGUUUACUUUUGGAGAUGGAACUUUCGGUGCCUUGGGCCAUGGAGAUCACAAGAGCGCAGGCACCCCAAGGGAAGUGGAAGCCUUAAAAGGAUUACGGACAGUAAGUGUCGCUUGUGGAGUAUGGCAUACUGCUGCAGUUAUUGAAGUAAUGUCUGGAUCUAUUUCUGUAACUUCUGAUAACUCUUCAUCUGGAAUGUUAUUCACCUGGGGGAAUGGGGAUAAAGGUCAACUUGGACAUGGUGAUAGAGAAUCAAGUGUAGUUCCCAAGUGUGUAGUUUCAUUGAUUAACAUAAGCUUCUGUCAAGUAGCCUGUGGCCACAACCUAACAGUUGCUCUUACAACUACAGGACGAGUUUACACAAUGGGAAGCACAGCUUAUGGUCAGUUGGGGAGUCCUUUAGCUGAUGCAAUGACACCCACCUGCGUUGAAGGUAAUAUUGCUAGCAGUUUUGUGGAAGAAAUUGCCUGUGGCUCCUAUCAUGUUGCAGUUUUAACUUCAAAAAGAGAAGUUUAUACUUGGGGGAAGGGUGCACAAGGCCAAUUAGGCCAUGGAGACAGUGAGGAUCGGAAUACACCCACACUAAUUGAUGCUUUUAAAGAUAAGCAAAUAAAGAGCAUAGCUUGUGGUGCAAAUUUUACUGCUGUUGUAUGUCUUCAUGGAUUAGCAUCAACCACCGAUGAUUCUUUGUGUUCUGGUUGUCACAAUCCAUUUAAUUUCAGAAGAAAACAUCAUAAUUGUUACAACUGUGGCCUUGCUUUUUGCAGCACAUGCAGCAGUAGGAAAUCACUGAAAGCUUCUUUAGCUCCUAGUAUGCACCGACCAUAUCGUGUAUGUGAUGAUUGUUUUAACAAGCUAAACAAGGUUGCUGAAUCUGGAUCUCAUGCUCUAAUUUCUAACAUGAAAAGUGGGUCUAUCCUUAAUAAAUCCAAUGAGGCAGCUGAAAAAGAGAUCAGGGGUCAUACACUACAACAGUCUUCUAUACUUGCAUCUUCCAACAUAAUCAAUCAGGCUGAAGGCAGAAAUUCUAGAUCCAAUACAAAAAUAGAAUCAAAUGGUAGCCAUGUGUUCCCGAUUGCAAGUGGAAAUACACAAAGGGGGAGUAUCUCUUCCUCAAAAGCAUCAAAAUUUCUAAUUGGAGCUCAAAAGAAUUUUUUUCCAGUUUCAGUUUCUGUUCCUGUUUCUAGAAUGGUGUCUCGGGCACCAUCUCCUGUUAGAAGAAAGUCAGCUCAGGUGCAGUCUGCAACACUUGCAUCAUCACUCGAUCUUCAUACAUCUGAAAUGGUGAUUGCUGAUUCAAAGAAUGAAAAUGAAAGACUAAGACAAGAUGUCCUAAAUUUGAGAGCUCAGGUUGAGGAUCUUACUAGCAAGUCCCAACUUCUAGAAGCAGAACUGGGGAGAAUGUCAAGGCAAUUGAAGGAAGCAACAGAUACAUCAGCAAAUGAAGCUGAAAAAUUCAAAGCUGCAAAGGAAGUUAUUAAGUCUCUAACUGCACAGGUAGGACCUGGGGACAACAGAUGGCUUUGGAACUUGUCAAAUUACAGGUAUUUCUUAGUUUCGUUCUUGUCUGUGACAACUGUAGAUUAGAUUUCCCUUGGAAAUCUUUAUGGAGGUUGUACACUCCACCGAUGGUAGUUUUUUUUGUUUGGACCACUUGUCUUGGCACCGUUCUUAGAAUAGACAAUUUGGUUAAGAGGGUAUCUUGUGACUGAUUGGUACUAGUAAGAAGGAAGCAGAUUUGGUCCUCCAUUAUUUAGUGGCACAUGAUAUUUGGAGCAUUUUCUGUCUUUGUUUUUUCUUUCUUCUGUAGUCUGCAGUUAGCAAUUCUAGGUUCAGUGUUUGAUGGAUUAUUUUCUUGAAGUAGGGCUUUUCCUAAAUUCCUAACAAGAAAGUGAGAGAGUUUUGUGCUUAUUAUUCCUUUUCAUGUCCCAUGGCAUAUUCGGAGGGAGAGAAAUACUCUGGAACUUCUACUAUUUUUUUCAAGGGAAACAUGCUCGUUUCCCUUUCCUUGUGAGUCAGAGGAGAUUUAGGGGCUGUUUAGUUGUAGAAAACAGCCCUAGUUUCCAGAAAAUUACUCUACAGAAAAUAGAAAAUUAGAAAACUUGUUCAAACACAAAAAUUUGCCAAACAGAAAUGGAAAUUUGGUGAAUGUAGUUUUCCAAAAUUGAACUGAAUUUGGAAAACUCCUAAAAUGAGUUUUCUAAGUUUUCCUUAUUAAUUUGAAGAUUGGGAAAAUGUGGUUUUCCAAAAAAAAUUCCCAAAUCAUCUCCAUCUUGUUCUCUAAGACAAGUUACACAGAAGAAAUUAAAACAUCUCUCCUUUUUUCUGAACAUAUGUUACAAGUUUCUAGAUUGGAAAAUUAGUUUUCUGGAUUUCAAACAUCUGAAUGCAUUUUUCAAAUUUUCUCUGGAAAAUGAUAACAAUAAAUUUUAUAGAAAAUUGGAGAUAGAAAACUAGAAAUCAUUUUCCACAACUAAACAGCCCCUUACCUUUCUCACACUUGAGUCUUCUGUAAAAUUUUUGGAUGAUAUUUUGUUGAAAGUUGUUUGAGGUUUCUUUUUGUAUAGAGUUCACCCCUACAGUCUUUUGCAUAUAUUGUAAAAUUUCCCAAUAAUAAUAAAGACAAAAUGUCUUGACGGUUCUAUGAGAUGCAUUAAGCUCUGAAGAUGUGUGCUGGAUAUUUGCUUGUGUCUACUCUUUGCUUUAUUUCGAUUGCAAUGGGUUUUGUCUUGAUGUAUGUAUGGCAGUGUGUCACUUUAUAUCAUACUAGUAAUGAAAAACCUAAUCAUAUACAUGCAGUUCAUGGGUUCUAGAUUUCAUUUCUUAAUAUAUUGGAUUUUAUUCAACCCAUCUCUGUGGUCCUGCCAGCUACACAUGCAAAAUUAGAUGUCAUAUCCUCGAAUCAAGAUAGAGGAUGAAGAUAAAAGUGAAUAUUAGGUCUGUUUAGGUUUGAUUCAUUAAAAUGUCAGUUUGAAGUCAUAAACUUAUCUAUGCAGUUGAUAAGUGAUGGGAAAUUAAAGAAAAACCAACUUAACAAAAAACAGACAAGAAAUAAAUUUUCUGUUAGAUGCCAAAUCAAAUGGAAGUUGCAUUGAUGCAUAUGUUUGAUGGCAACAAGCAUUUCCUAUUGCAAAAUCCAGUUACCUAUCCCUUUCAAGCUAGUCAUGUUCCUGUUAUUAUGUGGAACUUGCAUUAAGGAUACUGCAAAUGCUGUGCCACAUAUAUAUAUAUAUAUAUAUGUGAUUGAGAUAAAUCCACUCCCUUUCUGUGAUGUAAAUUCCUUGCACCGAUCUUGAUUUCACACAUGCUAGAUGUGUGCCCCCACCCCACCUAGUCCAUGUAUCCUGUCAAGUCCUAUUUGCAUUAUCUUUUACCUUAUUCACUGCUGGCAAAAAUUCAUAUGUAUUGCAUGAUUUAACAGUUAUGCAUAUUUGAUUCAGCCAAAAAAAAAAUAUGCAUAUUUUUAUGUUAUCUCUUAGUUGUAUUUUUACAAUGACUGGCAAGCUAGAAUUUACGUAGCCAACCUCACCUAGCGGAUUAAGUCUUGGUAUCCUGUUCUUCUUCUUGUUAUUUUUCAAGGCUUGAUAUGUUGUUGGUGUGAAG